UAUUUAUUUAUUUAAAAAACAAGUAAAAGGAAGAGAAAGGAAGUGAGGGAGCGCCGUAGGGCAUGAACACGCUAGUAGAGGAUUCUGCCACCACCUCCACCGCCGCUACUGAUCCCGGCAACGUUACAAAUCCGACGGAGCCGAAGACCCUCGCCGGAGAUUCCGACCAGGAGGCGAAAUAUGGCCCCCCGCGACCACUAGCGCCGGCGUUCAUAAUGUCCUCCUCCACAGAACCCGAUGCCAUUUUCACCGGUGGCGGCAUCAGCCUUCUUACUGGAAGCCAAAAUGGAAGUUUCAACUAUGGAUAUUCCACUUUCAAGGGUAAAAGAGCUUCCAUGGAGGAUUUCUACGAGACUAGAAUUUCCGAAGUUGAUGGUCAGAUGGUCGCAUUUUUUGGUGUUUUUGAUGGCCAUGGGGGUUCGAGAACUGCUGAAUACCUAAAAAACAACCUUUUCAAGAAUUUAAGUAGCCACCCAGAUUUUAUCAAAGACACAAAGACAGCUAUUGUUGAAGUAUUUAGACAGACAGAUGCUGAUUACCUCAAUGAAGAAAAAGGCCAGCAAAAAGAUGCUGGUUCAACUGCAUCAACUGCUGUGCUGUUAGGUGACCGGCUGCUUGUUGCAAAUGUUGGUGAUUCCAGAGUAGUUGCCUCUAGAGCUGGUUCAGCUAUCGCUUUGUCUAUUGAUCACAAACCUGACAGAUCUGAUGAGCGUGAACGGAUUGAACAGGCUGGAGGUUUCAUCAUUUGGGCUGGCACUUGGAGGGUUGGUGGUGUUCUUGCCAUUUCUCGUGCAUUUGGAGACAAACUACUAAAGCAAUAUGUUGUUGCUGAGCCAGAAAUCCAGGAAGAAGAAAUUGAUGGUGUAGAUUUUAUAAUUCUUGCUAGUGACGGACUUUGGAAUGUCAUAUCGAAUAAGGAUGCUGUGGCUUUAGUACAGGAUAUAUCAAAUGCAGAGGAGGCAUCAAGAAGACUUGUGACAGAAGCUUAUGCCCGAGGAAGUUCUGAUAAUAUCACUUGUAUCGUUGUUCGGUUUGAUGUUUCAUGAGCAGACACGUUAAGCCUUUCAAGUAUAAGUUAAUGAUCUUUCCUAUCAUGAUUAUUCAAGACUUUUACUGUAAUCUUUCCUUAUUUUCAAAGUCUUGCAGGCUUUAGGAUCAUAAAAAAGUAUCCAUGCAAGUAACAAAAAAGCAGAUUCUUCAACUCUUUUUUCCCCAUCUUCUCAAUGUAGAGUGUGAACAGGCUAAGAUCUGACUUUUGAAGAUGUUGGUCCUGAACAACACAUAAUUAAUUUGUGUUUAAUUGAUGGUUUAUGGAAUUGAUGCAAA